AUGGUCAAACGAACUUUAGAUUCAGCAGCAGGAACAUCUCGUGAUACACUUGAAGUCAUUGUCAUAGAAGACGGAUCAGACAAGGAUGAAUGUGAAAAGGAUGAAUCCGAUAAGAAUGAAAAAAUUAUUGUUAUUGAAGAUGAAUCCAAAAACAAUGAAGAAAUUAUCAUUAUCGAAGAUGAAUCUAAAAAGGAUGAAACCAAAAAACAAACCAAGAAGGGCUGCGGUAAGACGCCUCAAAAGGAUGUCAUCAAAUCCUGUCCCUUGUCUAAGCCAAAUGCUCCUUGUACUCUUUGCAAGACAAAUGACACUGUUUCACAAAAGACACUCUAUUGUCAUUGUGGAAGCAAGAUUGUGUUGAGAAAGGGGCGUGUGGAAGCUGCUGUAGACCACUGGGCCAACGACAAAUGUAAGAAGAAGACGAACACGAUUUGUGCCAAUGCCAGCCUCACAUCUUGGGUGACUACGACAACAGUUAAAAAGAAUGCUGUAACGAAGCCCUGUGCUGGUCUAAACGAUGAUACCUGGAAACGACCCACCGCCAAGCUUCGUAUUGAGAACUGUAUCAAGCACUCACCUACGCCUUACCACGGGGUGAAGCGAUGGAAAGUUUGUUUCCAGCUUUUCAAAACUACUCAUGAAGUCUCGCUAUCGGACGAGCAGCGCAAACAAUUCCACGCCGCUCUAGAGUCCCAGGCAACCUGGAUCAUCAAGCGACAUGGGGCUCAGGAAUCAAUACACUCUCCUAGAUGUACUCGAACAGUAAUGACCACUGCCAAAACUUUGUAUCCUCUCUGUGACGACUGCGAGGCCAUCAGUCCUCGAGCUCUUAGGCUUUUCAACGACAACUUUGCAGGCCGUGGGGCACGUAGCAUGCGACAAAUCCGAAAAGUCCAGGAUGUCUCAACUUGCAUGGCUGAAAAGUACGAUGUUGUGUAUAAAAAUGGUCCAGAAGACCCUCUUGAAGAAGCUGUGACCACAGCAGCAGAGGCUAUAGAUGAACAACAGCAGACUGAUGUGCUACUGUCUGCCAUACCGGAAGAUAUUGAUGAAGUAAUAUUCAAAAAUGUAGCCAUGUCUUUGUCAACAAUCCUAAAUCCGAAUGAGGGCGGCUCAUCUGAAGCCCGUAGCGAAGGUACCUUGAGCGACUUAGCUGGAAUUGAUCACAAACUCAACACAUUGAUCUUGAACAAUCAAGAGGGCAUCAAUCUGGAAAAGUCCAAAUUACUGCAGCUACGAGUUGCCCACGACAGUCAGGUCCAAAGGCAUCGGGGAAACGAGCGGGCAAAGAUCAAUGUAGACGACUUACGCAAGUCACCAGGAGAGCUUUUGAAGCCCAGCGAGUGUAGCAAGCUUGUUGCUGUUGUAAUGAAGAAGGCUGAAGCUACGCCUACCGGUCUUUCACGAAUCCAUCGAUGGAGCAUCAAUGUGAAGCUGAAUCUUCUGCAGCGUUUUCAAAACACCUCAACUCAUCUCGACUCCUCCUCUCAUGCCGAUCUCACAGGCGGUGGAAUCACUGCCCACAAUCCAAUUGAAAUGGGAAAGUUUGUAGUGUUGAUCAAGAACGGCGUAAGCACCACCUAA